AUGCUGGAACUCACUAUCUCAACUAGCAGCACCGCCUGUCGGACCAAACAACAUAACAAAACCAUACCACCAUCUCAUCACCACCUCCAUCAUCUGUUUUGCCUUCAAACCCCUCAUUGCCUUCAUUACAACCACCACAACAUGGAAGAGGGGAUUCGUAUAGAUAAGUCAAAGGAAUUAAAGGGCAGCAUUGUAUUACAUGAUUUACAUCCCUUCAAAAUCAAAGUGUGUUUAUUUCCAUUGUUCAAUGAUCAUAUCAAUGGAGGAGGAGUUAUGGCUUUCCACAAGGUUUAUAUGAAUUACCAAACUUUGAAUGCGAUCAACGUCAAACAAAUUUACAGAACUGGAUACCACUUUCAACCUAAGCAAAACUGGAUUAACGACCCAAAUGCACCCAUGUAUUACAAGGGAUACUAUCAUCUUUUCUACCAAUAUAACCCGAAAGGCGCUGUAUGGGGCAACAUCGUAUGGGCCCACUCCGUAUCAAAAGACAUGAUCAACUGGAUCCCACUCGAUCCAGCAAUCGUACCAUCGAAACCUUUUGACAAAUACGGAUGUUGGUCCGGAUCGGCCACAAUCCUACCCGGAAACAAACCCGUGAUUUUGUACACAGGAAUUAUCGAUAAAAAGCCAGCACCAGGUUAUCAAGUCCAAAACUACGCCAUUCCUGCAAACUAUUCAGACCCGUUUCUCCGUGACUGGAUCAAACCAGAUGAUAAUCCGAUAGUAAAACCCACUUAUGAAAACGUCUCAUCUUUUCGUGACCCUACAACUGCUUGGUUCAACAAUGGUCAUUGGAAAAUGAUUGUAGGUAGCAAACACAAGCAUCGAGGGAUUGCUUAUUUGUAUAGGAGUCGGGAUUUUGUUAAGUGGACCAAGGCAAAACACACGCUCCAUGACAAACCGGGUACGGGUAUGUGGGAGUGUCCGGAUUUUUUCCCGGUAUCAUCAUAUGGUCAAGCCGGGUUGGAUACCUCAGUGUUGAAGGCUGGUGUUAAACAUGUGUUUAAGGUUAGCCUUGACAUGACUAGGUUUGAGUAUUACACGAUUGGUACAUAUGACAAGAUUAAGGAUAAAUAUUACCCGGAUAACACUUCUAUUGAUGGUUGGGCCGGGUUAAGAUAUGAUUAUGGUAAUUUUUAUGCAUCAAAGACAUUCUUUGACCCGGUUCAAAACCGGAGGAUUUUGUGGGGUUGGGCUAAUGAGUCGAGUACGAGUUACGAAGAUGUUGCAAAGGGGUGGGCAGGAAUUCAGUUGAUUCCACGUAUGGUAUGGCUGGACCCUAGAGGAAAGCAAUUGCUACAAUGGCCAAUUCAUGAAUUGGAAACACUUCGAGGUGACAACGUGCACUUAAGUGAUGUGAAGCUUAACAAGGGUGACGUUGUUGAAGUCAAAGGAAUUACUCCUGCUCAGGCGGAUGUGGACGUGAUGUUUUCGUUUUCAAGCUUGGAUGAAGCUGAGACUUUUGAUCCGGAAUGGUCGAAAUUACCCUCGGAAAAUCUUGCUUUGGAGAUAUGUGGGAUCACGGGUACUAAACAAGGAGGGUUAGGGCCUUUUGGGCUUUUAACGUUGGCUUCAAACAAGCUUGAAGAAUAUACUCCUGUAUUUUUUAGGGUUUUCAAGACUCUUGAUAACACAUAUAAAGUUCUCAUGUGUUCUGAUGCUACACCUUCCUCCUUAAACAAGAAUGAGUACAAGCCAUCAUUUGCAGGCUUUGUGGAUGUUGAUUUAAGUGCAAAGAAGCUUUCAAUUAGAAGCUUGAUCGAUCACUCAGUUGUUGAAAGCUUUGGUGAGGGUGGAAAAACUGUCAUCACAUCGAGGGUUUAUCCGACAAUAGCAGUGGCCAAAGAUGCACAUUUGUUUUUAUUUAAUAACGGUACGGAAACCGUCACUGUCAAGAGUGUGGAUGCUUGGUCUAUGAAGAGUCCUAAAUUCAUGAAUUAGAUUAGAGAGUUUAGUUAGGAGAGUAAUUAAUUUAUGUUGCAACUUUAUUUGUGGUUAGUUUCGCUUGUUAAUUCUUAAGGAACUUAAUUCUAUUUUAUUUGUGUUUAGUUAAUUUUCUUUAUGAGAUGUUAUUCCCUUGAUUUUGUUUGGUUGAUGCUAACAUAUCAACGAUUCGACAUGUUAUAAGAUAAUCGGU